AGAAAUGACACCCUUCAUCUCUACAUUCAUCUUUGCGUGUUGUGUUUCACUGUUUGAAUACUUACACUAAAAGCUUUAAUUUGUGUAGAUAUUUCUCCUAGUUACAUCAUGAACGUCGGAAGUUUAAAAAUUAUAAAGGACAUUGCUGUUUUUCUUUUUGCAUUAUGUAAUUUAGCUUGUGAUGUGAACGGUUUAGUCAUUAAUGUAAAAAAUCGGGGCGGAGAUAUCCUGCAGGAGACGAUCGCUGCAAAUGUUACGAGUGACACGAUAACCCUUGAGUAUCAGAAAACUGAGGGAACACUGAUUACACAAUUUGUGGAUUUUGCAUCGGAGAUUCAGGUGUUUAAAGUGCUUGUUUUAGGAGAGGAAGAACGUGGGGAGAGUCAGUUCCAGGUCAUGUGUUUUGUGCUGAGGUUUAUGAAAAAUGAAUUCAUAGCGACUGAUGCUAUGUCUAAACUUAGGCAGAAAAAUCCGGGAACCAUCCGGAAUGCAGAAGAAGAUAAAGGAACAGAGCAACAUGACCUGGACCUGUGUGUAGAUGUAGGCCAGGCAAGUGUCAUCAGUCCACACUUGCCAGUCCUGUGCCAUGAUGCUAAAGAAACAACGUUCGCAAGAGAAACGGAUCUUAAAGCGUUGGCAAAACCUGGAGGGCCAAAGGAUGCGAAAGUAAUGUUGAAGGCGGCACACAAGUGUGGUGUAGGCGUGCAGGAGCGGUGUAAGGACACGACAGAUUGGUGGCAGCCCUGCACGUGCCAGUAUCAGCUCUGCAUCAGCUGGUACCCGUGCGGACUAAAAUACUGUCGCGGCAAGGACUCGUCGCAGAAGGUGGUGAGCUACAGGUGUGGCAUCAAAACCUGUAAGAAGUGUCGGCUGAUGAGUUAUUACUCGAAGCAGAAAAUCAAUUGUCUGUGGGAUGAGUAAAGUAGUGGUCGUUAUAGCAACCCGUGCAGCUAGUCUUUUUUGAUAAAUAGAUCUUCCCGAAAGCGAGUUAUAUUUCUUGUUGAAUUUUUAUUCUGCCGCUCCUGCUGAAAUACUAGUAAAUACAUUCCAUUGGAAUACUGAAAACAUGUUUUAAACUAAAUAGUUGUUAUAAACCAUGUGAAUUUGAUUAAAAUAAGUAGGUAGAUUAUUUCUAAAGUGAUUUACUAUAGGAUUUUCCUAAUCAUGUUUUGUUGAACAAUCAAUAUCCAUGUUGUGAACUAAUGUGUAUUUGACUUUGAGAAUGUUUUGUCUGCAGCCAAUAGCAUGCAUAGUGUUACUUGAUAUGCAUUAGGUAUAUUGUGAUAAAGUGAGCAUGUGUCAGGAGUUGCCAAGUGUAAAUUUUCAUUACAUAAUGUUAUUAUGUUAAAGGAGAAUGUACUAUCUGAAUUAUUUAAGCGUAUAACUGUGAAUGCUGCUGAGAAUAUGGCUUAGCUAGGGAGUUGUGUGAGAGAGCUCGAACUAUAUAGUAGUAGUAUAUAGAAUAGUGUAGUAUACAUCAUUAUUAACUCUUACCUUGAUGCUUUGUCCUUGUUUGUCAUUAUUUUUAAACUAUAAUGAAAUAGUGACUGUAUUGAGUUGUGUCACGCGGUUAGUAAACAUAGUCCAUACACAAGAUCCAUUUCUGACAUAUGCUAGUGAAUCUCUAUAUUUACUGUUCCAUGUCAUUCGAAGUCAAAUUGAGUAAUUUAUUGUUAUAAUAUCAGGAGUGUCAUAAUAUAGAUAAAACUAUAUUAUGACAUUCUAUGACACUGUAGUGACAUUCUAUGACAUUAUAGUGUACAUUUUAUGGCAUUGUAGUGCACAUUCUAUGACAUUGUAGUGCACAUUCUAUGACAUUGUAGUGCACAUUCUAUGGCAUUGUAGUGCACAUUCUAUGGCAUUGUAGUGCACAUUCUAUAUUAUUACACUCCUGGUAUUAUGAUGUCUUUUCUAGAUGUUGUUUCGUUUCAGAGAUUCUAGUCAAUUCGCAACUAAAAGAUUAAUGUAAUGAUCUUGGUCGUAAUACCGAAUGUUACUAUACUAGAGCUGGAUCCUGUGAUUGCAAAACUUCUUGUGUGGAUAUAGAUUGGAAAUUCGUUUCAAUACAUAGAGAUUCCUUUAUACUCCCAAUGUAGUAGAUGUACAUAUUUUCACAUUUUAUGUAGACAGUUUAUUGCUUCCGUAGGCAAUUGCGACCUACUUGUUAUGUAGGUGCUGUAAAUAUUUUAUGGCUUGUCUAGAUACUGGAUAUCAAAUUAUUUCUGCUAUAUGUUGGUACAAUACAAUCAUUUUUACAUGUAAUGUCACAA